UUUGCAGCAGUGUUGCCAAACAGGCCCUAUUUUUAGUGUAGGAAUGUACACAGAGGCCUCGUGGAAGGAGAUCAUAACAAGCCGCAUGCAGCACGCUCCUACAAAGAGACAACCUCCUUUGGAUCACAGAGUCACACGGCAGCAACACGACAGAAAAGUCGGAGAAAGUACAAGAAAAUGUCAAGACAUCAUUUUUUCUGCUGAACGCUUACGGCAAACAGGCAAACACAUUGUGGGACCCUUCAGAACCCUUGCAUACAAUAGACAGAAGAAGGAUGGAGCAACCAGCGGUGGAGGUGUUCCACUACAAAGACAAAGAGCAGUCAUCCAACCUGCUCCUCCAGCUUAACAGCCUUAGACAGGAGAAGCUUCUGACAGAUGUGUUGCUGUGCUCCGAAAACACAGAGAUUCCCUGCCAUCGCAAUGUCCUGGUCUCCAGCAGCCCUUACUUCCGGGCAAUGUUCUGCAACAACUUCAUUGAGAGGCAGCAGAACAGGAUCAACCUGAAGGGAAUCACGUCGGCCGUCCUGAGUGGCAUCGUUGACUAUGUCUACACCGGGCUGGCACGUAUCAGCAUGGAUAACGUGCUGCCUUUCAUGCAAGCAGCCUCCAUGCUGCAGUAUGGUCGUCUUUUUGAGGCCUGCUCCAGUUUUCUUCAGGAACAGCUGAGCCCUGAGAACUGCUUGAGCAUGUUAAGGCUCUCUGAGAUCAUGAACUGCAACACUUUGAGACACAAAGCGAAGGAGAUGGCCAUGAAGAGCUUCUCCGAUGUGUCUCUUUCGGAGGAUCUGUGCGAGCUCUCUUUACCAGAGCUUAUGGGCUACCUGGAGGAUGACAGCCUUUGUGCGGAGGAGGAGCAGGUCUUUGAGACCCUUGUAGCUUGGAUCCACUUUGAUCCUUUAUCCAGACGUGGCGCCAUCAGUGACCUUUUCAAGAAAGUGCGCCUUCGUUACAUCCACCCCACCUACUUAUUCCAGUUCAUUGCUAAUGACCCUCUGAUCCAGUCCUCCACCCUCUGCGUUGAGCUCAUCGAAUCGGUGCGGCGCCUCAUGUUUUCUGUCAGCACCAAGUAUGUGGACGACUCCAGGUGUGACUUCAAGCCUCUUUGGGUUGCACCGAGGCGCUGUACCUACCACGACACUCUAGUUGUGGUAGGAGGGAGGAAGAACAAUGAGCAGACCUCAAGGGAAGCUUUAGUAUUUGAUGAGAGAAGCCAGAAGUGGCAGUGUCUGUCCAAAGUGCCCAUCCGACUGUACAAAGCUUCCUAUGUGGCCCUCCACAGUGUGGUGUAUGUUAUUGGAGGCUUGAGCACCAACGCAAAAUACAACCAAGUCAGCACAGCUGUCUAUACCCUCUCCCUCAAGACCAACCAAUGGCGUGUGGCCGAGCCCAUGCUGGAGCCACGUUUUGCCCACCAGAGUGUCUCCUACCUCCAUUUCAUUUUUGUCCUCGGGGGACUCGGGUCUGAUAGACGACUGACAGACAGCGUGGAAAGAUACAACAGCAUGUUCAACCAGUGGGAGUCCAUGGCCCCCAUGCCUGAGGCUGUGCUGCACCCUGCAGUGGCCGCCACCAACCAGAGGAUCUACAUGUUUGGUGGGGAAGACGCCAUGCAGAACCCAGUCCGAAUCAUUCAGGUGUAUCACAUCGCCAGAAACAUGUGGUGUAAGAUGGAGAACAGAACAGUGAAGAAUGUGUCUGCUCCUGCUGUUGUGGUGGAUGAAAAAAUCUAUGUUAUUGGAGGAUACACCAGGAGAAUGAUUGCAUACGAUACCAAGGCUAACCGCUUUAUCAAGUGCACCAGCCUGAAGGAGAGGAGGAUGCACCAUUCUGCUACGGUUCUCAACAACAAACUGUACAUCACUGGAGGACGUUACAUCAACAGCCAUGAUGUUAUUGAGGACUCAGACAAUUUUGAGUGUUACGACCCAAAGACAGACACUUGGAUGACCAAGGGGACUCUGCCAUAUAAACUCUUUGACCAUGGCUCUCUGACUCUGACCUGUGUCUCACAGAUUUUGGAUCACUCAUAGUUGAGAUUAAUUCAUAAUGACUGCCAUUUAUUGGCAGAAAGACUGUCUUUAUGCAGAAAUAACAAACUAAUAUCAAAAAUGAAUGUAUUAUUAUUUGCUAUUUAUUUUCAGGGCUUAUUCAACAAGAGGUCGGGACACCCUCGUCACCAGUCAAUCAUAUAGGACAUUUAAACAUGCAACCAUUCACACUCACAUUCACACCUAUGGACAAUUGCAACAUGCAUUUUUUUGACUGUGGAGAAUUUGAGAAAUGAUCAUUUUGUUCUGGAGCAGGCCCACUUACAAUGAUGUACACAUGCAAGCAACAUUCAUGUACAAUUGUAUAUAUGUUUCUAAGUUAACUUAUUUUUUUUUCCUUGUCCUGUACAGCCAUUAGGACAGAUAGUAUUGUUGAUCUAAAUGCCCUUACGUGCUCAACAGAUUUGCUCUGCCUGGGAAAAGUGUGACAUACACUUCCUCAGUUAUAGAAAAUGUAUUUGACUUUGAUGUUUUUUAAAUGCAAAUUUGGAGCGGCCGGACCGGAGCAGGAGGGGAUAGAGAAGAAGAGAAAAGAAAACAGAGGGGGGAGUGCAGGGACAAUAGGGGGACAAUAAAGAGAGAGACAAGGACAACAGGAACAACAACAAUUGUGACAACAAUAACAAAACAACAGAAACAAACAGGACUACAUCAGCAAAUGUCUGUGACGGCUAUAAAGACCAUGACGGAAAGGACAAAAUAAUAUCAACCACUACAAUGAUAAUACUGCAUUGAAACAGUCAUACAUAUUAGUAGUAAUAGUAGUAAUGAAAUUAUUAACUAUGAUAGUGAACAGAAUGAUAAUAAAUGUAAUAACUGUAAACACAAAUCUAAUAACUAUAAUCAUAUUGUUGACAUCACUCUAUCAAAUGCUUUUUCAGCAUCUAAUGAAACAAUGAAACAAGUGGUUUCUAAAUUAUGGAUGAUAGUGAUCAAUCAGAUUGAUUAGACGGCGUACAUUGCUAGUUGAGUGUCUCCCCUUGAUAAAACCUGAUUGAUCAGGGUGUAUUAUAUGAGGGGUAACUUUUUCCAGUCUCCUAGCUAGUACUUUGCAUACUAUUUUAAGAUCUGCAUUAAUCAGUGAAAUUGGACGAUAACUGGAAGGUAGUGUUUGGUCCUUAUCCGGUUUCAGCAGGAGACUGAUUGUAGCUGAGUUCAUGUUGGGAGGCAGGCAUGCGCUGUCAUAUUCAUGCACUGUUUAAUUUCCAAAACCAUUCUAAGAAAUACUGGGGCUAGUAAUGACCAGAAUACUUUCAGCAGGGAACCAAUCAGGUCCUGGUGCUUUCUUAUUUGGCAUUCACUGUAGAGCAUCAUGAAGUUCCGUUAAUGAAAUGGGUAAAUCUAAGUUUGUCACCUGUUCUUCAUUUAAUUUGGGUAAUUCUAUAGUGUUGAGAAAUGUUUCAAUGUCUGGGAGAGAUGGUUUAAUCUGAGGUGUACAUACAUUUUUAUAAAAGUCCCUAAAGACAGAAUCAAUUUCCUCUAGGAGGUGAUAUGACCUCCUGAGUUUUUUAUGGAGGAUAUAGAGCUUUUUUCUUUAUUGCGUUUCACUUGGUUAGCUAAGUAUUUUCCAGGUCUAUUGUCAUGCUCAAACUUCUCCAAACGCAGUCUCUGCAGUUGGAACUGAAUGUUCUUAUCGAUAAUUUCUUUUAGGCCUAAUUUAAGUUUUUUUUAGGUUCCUCAGGGUGUGCUCAUCUUGUGAGUCAGCAUGAGCGGUUUCAAGUUUGUUUUUUUGUUCUCCAACUCUAAUUCCAAUCAUCUUUCUUUCUUUUUCUUAUAUGAUGAAUAUGAAAUAGUUUUCCCCGUACAUUACUACUUUUUCUGUCUCCCAGAGAAUACAAGCCGAGAGUCCGGGUUGGUCAUGAAAGUCUAAAAACAUAGUCGACUCUCUCUCAAAGUAUUUUAGGAAAUCUGGGUUACUUUAAGUUACAUUUUUUAUAUGUAAGAGAUAAUCAACUUGCAAGUGUAUUUUUUUUAUUUAAAUCACAAAUUUGUGGUUUUCCCAGUUUGACUCUAGAGUACACAGACUACAUUUUGAAUUUUGCUGGUUGGGCAUAGUGACCUUUUUUUUUUACUAAUCAUUGUAAUGAAAACAAAUUAUUAAAUUAUUGUGCUAAUCAUAUAAAUGUAUGUGACUUAUGAAUUUAAUGUUGUUUUUCUAUUUUAAAGUUUACACCUAUAAUGCAUGCAUGCAUAACUAUUGGGACUCUUUUACCCAAAACAACCCAUGCACCAAAUAUAAACAGUUCAAUACAAUAUAAUUUACAGAAGGUACGUUUAAAUACUGUUGCAUGCAGCAAAACUGUUUCUUUUUGAAGCAAAUUGUUGUUAUGUAUAAAAAUAUAUAUUUCUACUUUUGACACAGCUCGUUCCCUCCUGCUUAACAUUGAUGUUCUCCAAUUUCGGUUCAACAUUUGCAAUAAAGGUAACUGUUGUAAUUGUUAGAUUAGAUUCCGCUCCAUAACCCUCCACUGUCGCUCUUCAGCAUGUCUCACAUCCAUAAUGAAUUUUAAAUUAUGAAAUGUAUAGGUACUCACCACUAAUGAAUGAUAACGUAAGAUGUUUGAUGAACAGAUGAAAUCGGUGAAUAUAUAUUAUACAAGUUUCACUUUUGCAUCUCAAAGCAACUAUGGUGUGUUCAAAGACUGCAGAGCAAAGUGCGAAAUCGCAAAACUUGUCAAAAAAACAUUGUCAGUGAUGCAUAAAGACAUAAACAUGUCAAAAUUGUGUGCUUUUUUAAAAGUGGGACACGUAUGUUGCAUAUGUUCCCUUUACAAUUAUGUAUUUAUAAACUGUUACGGAUUUACAGUGACCAAGAUGUGCUUUCUGCAGAAAAAAAUGGCCUACUUUAAAAAAAAAAUUGUUUUCGAUUGUUCAGCUACUUUAGAGAACGAGUGCUAUGUUUAGACCGUCGAGAGGCAGGUUAGU